AAACCCCAGGCGUCCGCGCCGUGACAGGGCGUGGUGAGCCGAUGUGGACUACACCUCCCAUGAAGCCACGCGCAGUAUACCAGGCCUCCUCUUGUGGCGCGGGAGCAUUGUGGGAUUGGAUGAGUCAAGAUGGACUACAGGGACGUUGCAGGAAAGGCUAACCGGUGGUUUGGGGUUGCCCCUCCCAAGUCAGGAAGAAUGAACAUGAACAUACUUCACCAGGAAGAGCUCAUUGCUCAGAAGAAAAGGGAAAUUGAAGCCAAAAUGGAGCAGAAAGCCAAGCAGAAUCAGGUGGCCGGCUCUCAGCCCCCACAUCCUGGCGAAUUUGCGAAUGUGCACAACUCUUCCAUUUCCAACAAGUUUGCCAACGACGGCAGUUUCUUGCAGCAGUUUCUGAAGUUGCAGAAGGCACAGACCAGCACAGAUCCCCCUCCCAGUACGCCCAGUGCCCCUCCUCGUGUGCUCCCCAGAGCUGGGAAGAGACCCCCCCUUAUCAGCAGCCCACCAGGCCAGGUGAAGAACUACAUGCAUGCCAAGCAGCUGCCAGUGGCCAGCCGCCCGAGUGUCUUCCAGUCUCCUGAUGAGGAGGAGGAGGAGGACUACGAGCAGUGGUUGGAGAUCAAAGUUUCACCCCCAGAGGGAGCCGAGACUCGAAAAAUCAUAGAGAAAUUGGCCCGCUUUGUGGCAGAAGGAGGCCCCGAGUUAGAAAAAGUAGCUAUGGAGAACCACAAGGAUAACCCGGCAUUUUCGUUUUUACACGAUAAGAAUAGCAGGGAAUUCCUCUACUACAGAAAGAAGAUAGCUGAGAUCAGAAAGGAAGCAGAGAAGUUGCAGGCAGUCUCCCAGAAAGUUUCACCCCCAGAGGACGAAGAGACCAAGAAUCUUGCAGAAAAGCUGGCCAGGUUCAUAGCAGAUGGUGGUCCCGAGGUGGAAACCAUCGCUCUCCAGAACAACCGUGAGAACCAGGCAUUCAGCUUUCUGUAUGAACCCAACAGCCAAGGGUAUAAGUACUACCGCCAGAAGCUGGAGGAGUUCCGAAAAGCCAAGGCCGGCCCCCCAGGCAUUCCCAUGGCACCCGACCUUGGCCUGAAGCGCAGAUCCCCUUCUGAAACUCUGUUGGGGUCUGUGCCCUCCACUGCUGUCUGCCCUACCUCAUCUGCCCUCUCACCUGCGGUCCCUCCAGCCCCACCUGCCACUGGAAAGCCUACUGCCACAGCCACUGUAAAGAGGAAGCGAAAGAGCCGGUGGGGGCCUGAAGAGGACAAGGUGGAGCUCCCACCUGCUGAGCUGGUACAAAAGGAUGUGGACGCCUCUCCCUCACCUCUAUCAGUUCAGGACCUCAAGGGGCUGGGCUACGAGAAGGGGAAGCCCGUCGGUCUGGUGGGUGUCACAGAGCUGUCAGACGCCCAGAAGAAGCAGCUGAAAGAACAGCAGGAGAUGCAGCAGAUGUAUGACAUGAUCAUGCAGCAUAAGCGCGCGAUGCAGGACAUGCAGCUGCUGUGGGAGAAGGCGCUCCAGCAGCAUCAGCAUGGCUAUGACAGUGACGAGGAAGUGGACAGCGAGCUGGGCACCUGGGAGCACCAGCUACGGCGCAUGGAGAUGGACAAGACUCGGGAGUGGGCCGAGCAGCUGACACAGAUGGGCAGGGGCAAGCACUUCAUUGGGGACUUCCUGCCGCCGGAUGAGCUGGAGAAGUUCAUGGAGACCUUCAAGGCCCUGAAGGAGGGCCGCGAGCCUGACUACUCAGAGUACAAGGAGUUCAAGCUGACGGUGGAGAACAUUGGCUACCAGAUGCUGAUGAAGAUGGGCUGGAAGGAGGGUGAUGGGCUGGGCUCAGAGGGCCAGGGCAUCAAGAACCCGGUCAACAAAGGCACCACCACGGUGGACGGUGCCGGCUUUGGCAUUGACCGGCCGGCCGAGCUCUCCAAGGAGGACGACGAGUAUGAGGCCUUCCGCAAGAGGAUGAUGCUGGCCUACCGCUUCCGGCCCAACCCACUGAACAACCCCCGACGGCCUUACUACUGAGUAUUCUGGAGAAACACAACAACGUGCUUCCAAACAACCAGCCGUCCCUGGACUAUGGAAUGUUCCGGCCUACAUUCCUGCCCACCCUUCCUGUUGUCGCGAGUGUCAUACUGUGUAUUAAAAGUCCCAGUGCUUGCCCAUGGAGGCAGCCUGGUCCUGUCA